AUGGACUCAAUACUUUAUUCACCUACUUCGGAAAAAGAAUUAGAAGAAUUAAUAGGAAAAGCAAAAGAUUGGGCCCUUAUGCAUGGAAUGUGCAUGAGAUCAAAAACAAAUUUUAAUAAAAAUAUGUUACAAUUUGCACCAUUUAUUCUGCUGCCAUCUCCAUUUCCUAGAAGAGAGUUUGAGAAUGCUUGUCAGAUUCAACCAGUAUUGAACUUACUUAUACAUAAGGUAGCCCAAGAUUAUAACUUCUUAAAAGAAACUUUAGAAGAAACAACAAAAGUUGAUAGUUUUACUAGAGAUUUAUUUGAAAUAUGUACAAUUAUAAAUAAUGAAGGAGGAUCAGCACAAAAGAUAUCUCUUGGCAUUUUACGGUCAGAUUUAAUGUUAGACACAAGUUGUAUGAAAGAAGAUUUGAAUAAUACUUGUAUACCAUAUUGUUGUUGGAAACAAGUUGAAAUAAAUACAAUCGCUUCUGGUUUUGGUUGGCUAGGACCUGCUGCAACGAAUUUACACAAAUAUGUAUUAAGAGAACUUGGUUAUUAUGAAAAAGUAAAGAAUCUUCCAGCAAAUGAUGCAUUACAAAUUAUAUGUUCAAGUAUGAUAGAAGCAUGGAAUGUGUAUGGAGAUAAUGAAGCUGUAAUUUUAUUUGUCAUUGAAGAUGUUUCAUAUAAUAUAUGCGAUCAACGUUUCCACGAAUUUGAAAUUAGAAAACAAAAUCCAAAUGUCAGAGUGAUUCGUCUGAACUUAACACAAUUAGCUGCUACUGCAAAAUUGGGUACCAAUAAGGAGUUGAUAGUAGAUAAUUAUGUUGUAGCUGUAGUAUAUUAUAGAUGUGGAUAUGAACCUGGACAAUAUCACACCAGAAACGAAUGGGAAGUAAGAUUGUUAAUUGAAAGAUCAUUAGCAAUUAAAUGUCCUACUAUCCAGUAUCAUUUAGCAGGAACUAAAAAAAUUCAGCAAGCUCUUGCAAAGCCAGGUGUAAUUAGUAAGUUUCUAAAAGAUCAAAAGAUAUGUGCUGAAAUUAAAGAAAUAUUCACUGAGCUUUAUACAUUAGACUUUAAUGAACAUGGAAAUGCUGCUAUUGAAAUGGGGAUUGCAGAUCCACAUCGAUUUGUACUGAAGCCUCAACGAGAAGGAGGUUCCAAUAACAAAUAUGGAUUGGAUAUAAAAUAUUUCCUAGAGUCUGUGAAACAUAAACAGGAUAGGGUAGCUUGGAUUCUUAUGGAUAAAAUUUAUCCCCCAAUUCAUAAUAGUUAUAUGGUUAGACCAGAAGACAAUAUGAACAUAAAACCGCAAGAAUUAGUUUCUGAGCUAGGAAUAUUUGGUAUUAUUAUUGCUGAUGAAAACAAUGUACAUGUUAAUAAACAGGGUGGUCACAUGUUGCGAACAAAGCUAGCUACUGCUAAUGAAGGUGGUGUAGCAGCAGGAUUAGCUUUACCAGAUGUUAUACAUGCAACGGCAAAAUAUGAAGUAGAAUUUGAGCCAAGAGAAAUCUUCUUUUUUCGAGAGGGCACUAUAGUUAUUUGGAAUGUUACUGACCUUGAAUGUGGCAACAUACUGAAGUUUCUAAAGCAAUAUCAAGAUAAUCCAUAUUCAGAUUAUAGCAUUCAAUCAGAAAGUGAACUGAUGACGUACAGCUAUGCAGAUAGCGGGAAACAGAGUCAUAUAAAGAAUGGAAAUAUUAUGUUAACAAUAAAUGCAACAAAGCUAGAUAAAUAUACAUUUUCAAAUGCAAUGGCCCAAUCAGUUAAGUUGGGUACAUGGGAAGCAUCGUUAGAUAAUUACAUAGACUCAAUUGAAUUUGUUACUGAAGAUUUAAAAUUGGGCAGAAAGCUUAGAAUGACUCAACAGGAAGUAUUAAAAAAACAGGGACAAUUAUUUGCAUUACGCCAUUCAAUUAAUUUAAGUUCGGAUUUAUUAGAUACCCCUGAUUUCUACUGGGAAAGAGAGGACUUGGAAACUUUAUAUCAACAAACAUGUUCAUAUUUUAACAUUACAAAGCGUACAAGAGUUAUAAAUGAAAAAAUUAACCAUUGUGUGGAGCUUGUAGGAAUUCUAUCUACCCAUUUAAGUGACCGUCAUCAUAUUCGUUUAGAAUGGAUGAUUAUUAUUCUUAUCAUGGUUGAAGUUGCUUUUGAAACGUUACAUUAUAUUGAUAGAUAUUUUUCUUAA